GUCGUUUUGCUGCAGACCAUCCCGCUGCAUCUUUCUUUGCCUCCCGAUGCUCAGAUGAGGCCUGUUCCACUGCUAGUUCCUCCUUGCUUCCUUAGCGGUUCGAAUUCGCAGUUGGGGCUCGCCAUGGACCGAGUAGAUGCUCAGAGUAGAUGCUGGGACGACUUCUUGUGUGUGCCUUGCGUGUGGCCCCUCUAUCUUUGCGUUUUUAUGGUGCGACCUCCAUGACGAAAAUAAUGGCGUCUUGCCGGUUUUCCCUCUUGCUGCUUCCCUUCCUCCUCACCUCCUUCGCGGCUCGUCCGUUAACAGCGACAAGCGUAGUUGAUUUUGGCCGACAUGCUAGAAAAGCGAUGCGAGCGCUCUUGAGCGUUCCCGAGUUCAGCUCCGCGGCUCCCAUGCUGCAAGCCAUGCGUCAGUCGCUCGCCACCUCACCCUCUCCACCACAUGGCGUCACGCUUUUCUUUAUUGUAGUUGCACCGACUCUGUCCAAGCGCUAUCUAGAUGAAAUUUCCUACUUUCGUUUCUCCGCGAUGUAUUAUGUUUGCACUGUCAUUCAUCCCGUCGCUUCCACGUCCAUCUUUCAUCUAUCCCCAUUGUGUCUGAUCAGUGAGCACAAUGUCCGAGCCAACAGCGACCCCGUCCGGUUUCAACCUCUCGAUGAACCCCGUGACGCUUCUCGUGCCCGUCAAUCCUAACCAGCUCUGCCGCUCCCUCAAGGGCUUUAAGGCGCGCUCUCUCAUCCGCCUCCUCGCCUUCCAUGUCGUCAGAGGGCUCUACACGAAAGACAGGCUGCUCGCCCUGCCUCGUGGCGCCCGGAUCCGCACCUUCUUUCGCCGCCACUCCAUCCGCAAGGUCAACGGACCGCUGCUGCCUGACGCCGCACUCCUGUCCGGCUACGCGCCGCUGUGGAAGAGGCUGGGCGGGAUCUUUCAGAGAAAGAAGAAGCCAGGCCAGCUGUGGGAGCGAGUGCUGCCUGUCCAGGUGGUUCAGUUUGAUGUUUACAAAACACCGUUUUUUACAGUUCACGUUGUAUCCGGAUUAAUCCUCACAUGGGGAUUGUCAUGAUGGGUUUCGGUGAUCUGCGUACAAAAGAACGUG